UAUCAUAAUAAUAUUAUAUUUGUCGAGGGGAAAAGGCACGAGUGAGAUCACAUUGUAGGAAGAGAGAGAGAGAGAGAGAGAGAGAGAGAGUAGGUAGGAAGGGACGAUGGCGUUGUCGAGCGGGAGCUGGCGGGCAUCGACGAACUGGGAUGCGGGCGAGGGCUCGCUGGAGGGCUCGAUCUCCUUCGAGACCUCGGCCGACGACGCUCCCGCCUCGUCCUCGUCCUCGUCCUCGCCCUCGCCCUCGCCCUCGCCAGCCGGCGCGCUCCUCCUCCGCCCCAACUCCGACGACCCCCCGCCCUGCGAGAUCACAAUCUAUUUCCAGGAAAAACAUGAAAUCCACACGUUGUAUGUGAAAAGUACUGCCAGAGUUUAUGAAAUAUACUAUGCUGCUGAUCUGAAGUAUGGUGGUAAGGAGUACCUUGCCACAGUACGCUGUGGUCCUGCUGCUGAAGAAGUUCCAAGUUCUUCUGAGGGGAAGAUUGCUGAAGGAAAGCAUGAAAAUAUAGUUCAAAGUGAUAGCACUACUAGUGAUGAAGAUGGUUGGGUUGAAGUGAAGCUUCCAGACUCUCCCCUGCAAAGUAAUGGAUUUUCCCGAGCAAACAAUCAGAUGCAUUACGAAGCAACAGCUGAGAUUUCAGAUGCUAGUCCUUGUAUUUCACUCACUCUGCGGCUGCUCUCACUUGAAACAAAAGCGUCUGUUCAUGUUGAGGAGAUUUAUAUAUAUGCUGAUCCUGUGGAAUCCCUAACUGAAGAUUCGCCUGCUGUGACGGCGGGAUCAGCAGGAAGUUCAAUAUUGGCCAUGCUUGUUCCUAAUCUUCUGCAACUGUCCAAAUCUGUGAGACCUAGCAGCUCAUAUGCAAUGAGUACGAGGAUAGAACCACACUUUGAUCUGGAAGAUUUAAACAUAAGGUCGGUGCAGGACCAAGCCAACACAAAACAUGUCGAUGGCCAUUCAAAAUCUAUCCAGGUCUUAAAUGAUCAAGAGUCAUACUCUAUGGAGAAUCAAGAUUUGGGCCCAAUGCAGGUAGAAAGCAAGGUAAAUCCAGAGAAUGUACCCUCUGAAUCAUGCCAGAAAGCAAUAGAUUCAGAUCAGGCAACAAACUGUGUUACUAAAGAAGAUACUCUAGCCCACAGCCGCAUAGAGAAUAUGGUGAAUGAUCUUCUUUGCAAGGUGGGAAGGAUAGAGUCAUGCUGUUCGAGGCUUGAAGAAAACAUGAUGAAACCCCUCAGUUGCAUUGAAACGAGGCUUAGGCGAUUGGAGGAGAAGUUUGAUGCAUUUCAAAUGGAAAUUGAGUCUUUAAAAGAAGUUGCAGAGACACCGCCUUCAGCAUCUUCAAUUGAAAAAUCCAAUUUGGAGAAUAAAGCCUGGAAAAGUUCUUGCACAGAAGGGGAUGUAUGUGAUAUGAGCCCGGGCCUUGUAGUCAAGGCACCUGAUUUUUCCAUUGAGGAACUUUACGAUUCGCAACUACAAGAUAAUGAUGUUUCACAUUGUGGGCAUGAGUCUAAAACUUCGCCUGGUCUGAUUAUCAAGGCUCCUGAGUUUCCUAGUGAAGAGCUUCUGGACACAGCUGAUAAUGUUGCAGCUUCUGAGGAAGAAUUUAAGAUGUGCCAAGGUCUUGUUGUUAAGGCGCCUGAAUUUCCCAGUGAAAAUGAGGAUUGUACCAACAAUAAUGAUAAUCAAGAGAAAAGUGUGAUGAACAAUUCUGGUCAUAAAAAGCCUUUAUCCAUUGAUGGUGCAUUAGCUUCAGCAUUGGCAGCAUUUCUUACCUCAUCUGGAGUCCCCUCACGCAAUUCUAGUCCAUGUGUUGUAGACCUGCCUCACAAGUUUCCUGCGGACAGUGACUACAAUUCUGAUUCCCUAGUCUUUCCUGAAGGUGCUGGUAAUAUAUCUACUACAUCUUUCUCAGAUGAACAAACUGCUCGUGUAUCAGCUGAAGUGAAGGAUGAAGAAGCUGCUUUUUAUGCCUCACCAUUACCUGCUAAUGUUGAGGCAGUUCCUGACUGUUCUCUCAAUAAAUCCGACUUUGAUAAUAAGAACUGUUGUGAAUCAGAUGAAGCAAAGAAGGAUUCUACUUUUGACUCGUCAGGUUUGGCCUGUGACUUGUGUUCUUUUGUGCCUCUGCACCACUCUUCUUCUUGUUUAAUAGUUCCCAUGCUUGACUAUUCAAAACAUGAAUUUAUAGACCUUUGUGGUGCGUCGGAUACUGAUGAGAACCCUGAUACUCAACUGACUUUAGCAUUGGCAAAAUUUCUUUCUUCAAGAAAGGUCGACUCUUCCAGCCACAAGUCAACGAUGUUAGACUAUCCUGAGCUCUUUACUGCCGAGAAGACUCAGUUUGGAGUCGAGAAAUCAGACAGUGGCAGCAGUGGAAACAAUGUAAAAGAGCAUGGUGAAUUGAAUCUCAAGUUUGAACAAAAUGGUAAUGGUGCCAGUUAUUUGAUAGCGGGUAAAGCAGAUGUAAAGCAACUUCCCAUGCAUAAUGUACUGCGUCCUAUUGAUGUCUGCUCUGAUGAAGGUGAAGAAAACACAUGGCGUGGUGGUCUUUCCUUCAAAACAAGUGAUGCUGAGGAAGCUGCCAGCGAAGGCCCUUACAUGAACCGUUUUGCUAGAGUAUGGAUUGAGGACAGCAGCUCGGACUCGAGCUUUGAUGAGAACUUCAUCAGAAGUAAAGUUGAGGUCUACUUGUCGGAUGGGAGCAGCACGGACUCCAUGAUGCAUUCCUCCAGCCAAUUUGCUGAUAUCUUUGGCACUGGUGAACCAUCGAUAAGAAACUCUGUGAACCAAGAUUGUGGAGUCGAGCGAGAAAUUGGAGAUUCCCAAAAGGCUUUUAACUUGAAUCUGAAUUUUGAAGAUUCUACUUUGGAUGUCAAUUUCACACCGGUGAGGAAAUCGGAUGGUAAUUUUCCACUUCAAGCCUGGCUGAGCAGAAUAUCCAACUGCAAGGAGCAAGAUUCUGUAUACGGGGAUGGCGAUAGAGUUGUUAGUGCUGAUGGAUUGGCUAAUUCGUCGUCAUCCCCGAGAGUUGGCAGUUUGGCCAUCAACCAGUGUCUCGUUGACGUGGAGGAUCUUCCAACACCAUCCGAGACUUGUGCCGGAGGCAGCAAUUUUGAGCAAUUCUCCAGCCUCAUAUAAAUUAAACAGAAAUCUUGUACAGAAAAUAAGGUGAAAGCUAGACCUACCCUCAGCAAGAUUACUUGGUGCAAUCUGUAUUACAGCUAAGUUUUCUUUCUUUUUCUUUUUAUCUUCUUCCAUUUGUGUUCUCUUCUGGUGCUUAUUUUCUGGUGUAUAUGUUUUCUAUUUCCAGCAGUAAACAUGAGCUUGAAGGGUCUGAUAUUAUAUAGUAUAUAUGAAUUGCUUAUGGUCCUUUUGGAUAUCUGAACAAAUUAUCCGUGGAUGACUUGUGCGCUAUGAAGAUUAUCUUUGUGCAA